AGUAAUGUGUACAACAUUGCUGAGGUGGGCUUGGACUUGUAUAACAAACACAUUUGUGCUUUAUACCAUUUACAUUUCUUUCAGUUUAAUGAAAGUGAAAUAUCACUUGAACACACACAUGAAAAGCUCAUGGUGUUAUUGAGCCGGUCAGUGUGUGGUACACACUCAGACCUUGUGGUCCAGAGACACUUAGCAGUGAGUGAAUAGAAUGAUUGGGUUUGAGCACAAAGCUACAGUAUCCUAACAGUGUGUGGUUUGUGUCAAUGGGAGACCAAAGUCAGCAUUGAAGCUGUUACAUAAGGUUGUUUAUUUACUCAGUGCUUUAACAAGAUAAGUCAUUGAAUGUUCAAAGUCAAUAUUUGGUGGUCUUUGAGGGGUCUGAAAUUUAAAUACAAUGGUUUUCUACUCUAAACAAGAGGUAAGGGAAAAGCAGUUUUGCCACACUUUCUGCAUAGGAGGUACAGAAUAAAAGCGUACAUUUGACAAGGAUUUAGAAUAAGCUAACCUGUCUUUUAAAACUCUUUUUCAACAUCAUACCUGCUGUACAGAUAAUCUGCAGCAAAAUAAUAGGGAAAAUUACACAAAACAACUGAAUGGGCAAUGAAUAAAAAAAUUGAAAACAAGGUUCAAUAAUUAAUGUGCUUAAGAGUUACGUAAAUGGUGAGCUUCAAACCUUAAUGCUGAUGUUUCAUAUCUUCUUUAAAACUGGUCACACUUUGAAAAGGGUAUCUAUUCAUAUGGUCCCUGAUGGGGUUAAUGAGAUAUCUGGGUGGGCUGAGUGGACGCUAGUCAACCUCCCCGAUGGAGUUUGUAUCGCUUCUCCUUUUAGCCGAACACUGAGUGACUUUUUUGUGUCUCUUGCUUGAUGACAUGCACAAGGUCCAAAGAUCAGGGAACGUUCAUGCGUUCAAGUGAUGGGAACAUGGGUAUAAAAGCAAAGUACAAGACUACCACAGCCUGUCAGUAUUGCCCUUCAGUCUACAAGCUUGAGUUAGAGGUAUUCAAAAAGGAUCAUUUAAGCCAAGGUUUAACAAUGACUGCAGUCAUGGAUGCCAUGCAUGGUUUUGGGGUGAGCUCAACUGAGUACCUGCAGACGCACUACAGGGAUGCCCAAGGCUGGUUUCUCUUUGUCUCCUUUGCUGCUGACCUCAGGAAUACCUUCUUUGUCUUCUUUCCCAUCUGGUUUCACCUGAAAGAUUCUGUGGGCAUCAAGCUCAUCUGGGUGGCUGUGAUUGGCGACUGGCUCAACUUGGUCUUCAAAUGGAUCCUUUUUGGUGAACGUCCCUACUGGUGGGUCCAUGAAACACCAUACUACAGAAAUUCCUCUGUGCCACACAUUGAUCAGUUCCCCAUGACGUGUGAAACUGGCCCAGGUAGCCCGUCUGGCCAUGCUAUGGGUGCUGCAGGUGUCUAUUAUGCAAUGGUGACCUCCAUCCUUGCCAUAGCCCUGAAAGAAAAGCGAAGAUCUCAUUUAGACUGGUGUAUACGAGGAAUGCUGUGGACACUCUUCUGGGGGGUCCAGGUCUGUGUCUGUCUCUCCAGGGUGUUCAUAGGCGCACACUUUCCACACCAGGUUGUCGCUGGAGUAAUCACAGGCAUGGCAGUGGCUGAAGUCUUCAACAGAAUGGAAUGGAUCUAUAACGCCAGUCUCAAGAAGUACUUUUCUAUUACCCUCUUCCUGCUUACCUUUGCUUUGGGUUUCUAUGUGCUGCUGAAGACAGUGGGCGUUGAUCUGCUCUGGUCUUUGGAGAAGGCUAAGAGGUGGUGCAGUCAAGCGGAAUGGGUUCACAUGGACACCACCCCGUUUGCCAGCCUUCUGCGCAACAUGGGCACCCUCUUUGGCCUGGGGCUCGGUCUGCAUUCUCCUCUCCAUACAGAGAUCAAGAGAAGCAGGAGUAUCUCCUUCAGGCUCAGCUGUAUUGUUGCCUCUCUCGUGCUGCUACAUCUCUUUGACUCCUUCAAGCCCCCGACCCAGAGAGAGGGCCUCUUCUACUUGCUCUCUUUCUGCAAGAGUGCCACCGUGCCCCUUGUCACUGUCAGCAUCAUCCCCUACUGCUUGUCGGGAGCUCUGAGUGCAGAGGACAAGAAGCACCUCUGAGCUGGAAGCAAAAAGUAGGGACAAGACUGAGGAGGUGAGCUGGACAUGAGCUGAGAGCCUUCUGGGAAAAACAAGCAAUAUUAAUGGCUCGUUCAGUCCCACUGACUGUAUUUUCUCCUAUCAGAGUCCAGGAGGUUGCAUCACAAAUUAUUUUUUUGUUUGUGCCUUAAAACAGUGAAAUAACAGAAGACACAGCAACCAGAGCAAAUGGUUUGAAUUCAUCAGAUGUUCUGUGAUGCACUGGACUCAUAUGAGUUCAUGAAGGCAAAAUCCAAUAUUGCUCUACUUUCCAUUGCAACUGAUCUCUUUAAUAGUGCAAUCUUGUGUUACAUUUGAAUCUAGAACCUGAGCUGCACAUUACUGUUCUUUGGUUAAUCCUUCUAAAAAAGAACACACUUUUUUAAUCAAACAAUUUUAAUAUUUUCUUACUUGUGAUAACAGUCAAAGAUUGAAACUGGGCUCUGUAACAUUUAUUGAAGCAUUUGUUAGGUGCACAUGAACUGAGGAAAAACAUUAAACUUUAAAAAAAAAAAUGUUGAAAUGCUGCAGCUGUAACAAUGUGUUAUUUGUUUUGAAGCAUAUCUUACCAAUAUGUUAAUUUAUUUAAGUGUUAUUAAUAUUUACAUCCUUCUCAUGUAAGCCUUACUGAACCAGUAAUACUAACUCAGGCUGAACCAAAGUGAAGCAGACUGGAACUAAACCAGGUGAAAAUAUGUUUUAUAUUUAGUUUUUUGGAAGACAAUUUAUAAUGAAAUGUUAUAAAAUAAUGCAUUACAGCAUCAUUAAUACUGAUUACAAAAUGUUCAUGUUUCUUCUGUCCAAUACUCUUGAGAUUAUCCAGGUAAAGCAGAAUUUUUUU